AUGGCUGAGAAAGAUAAUUCAACUCUUCAGAAAUGGGAUACUGAUAUUUCCACGGAAUUGGAUCUUGAAGCUGGUCCUACUAGUCCAACCAACAAUAACAUUAGAUUUGCUACUGAUGUCGAUAUUAGAGGAAGACCUGCUACAAGAGGUAACAGACGUCCAAGUUUCCAUCAUCGUUUGAGUGCAUCUUCUAUUGAAACUUCAUUGUCAAGAAAUAAAGUUGAACCAAAUGUUGCAUUACCUCCAAUUUUCAAAACCGUUUCCUAUAAAAUUGAUGAUGUUACUGAAAAUUCAAAGAAAAAACAGGACAAGAUUGAAACAUCCGCUCAAAAUCUGAAAGAUACAACUUGGCAUGUCAAAACUGUGGAGGAAGUUGCAAAUUCUCUAUCAACAGAUCCUUUCAAUGGGUUAACAACUUCCCAGUUUGAAUCAAAUUUGAAGAUUUUUGGAUAUAAUGUUCACUCUCCACCAAAGACCAACUGGACAAAGAAGUUAUUCAUGUAUUUUUUCGGUGGUUUUGGUUCCUUGUUGUUGACUGGUGGUAUUUUAUGCUGUAUUGCUUGGAAACCUUUAGGAAAUCCUAAUCCUGCUGUUGCAAAUCUUGCCUUGGGUGUGGUAUUAUUCAUUGUUUUCUUUUUGCAAGCAUUUUUCAACUUUUGGCAAGACUUCACAUCCUCAAGGGUUAUGAACUCAAUCAAUGGUAUGCUACCAAAUGACUCAAAUGUUACAAGAAAUGGCUUGAAAACUAUUGAAGAGGUCAAAAAUUUGGUUCCUGGUGAUUUGUUGUUUAUAGCUAAUGGUGACCGUCUACCAGCUGAUGUUAGAUUUGUUAAUAUUGAAGGGAAUGAUUUUGCAUUUGAUCGUUCUAUAUUGACUGGUGAGUCAAAACCUAUUGUUGCAACUACAGAACGUGAUGUUAAUGGCUCGAAUUUUUUGGAGUCACCUUGUAUUGGAUUACAAGGAACUUACUGUGUUGGUGGUUCUGGUUAUUGUAUUGUCAUUGCAACUGGUGAUAGUACUGUUUUUGGUCAAAUUGCAAAACUAUCUUCAGAGCCUAAAUCUGGGUUAUCACCUUUACAGAAAGAAAUUUUCAGAUUUGUUUUGCUAACAGUUUCAAUUAUUGUUACAUUGAUUGUUAUUAUUUGUAUUAUUUGGGGUGCCUGGUUGAAAAAAUCAUACCCAAAUUGGAUUUCAACAUCAACUUUGAUUGUGGAUUUGGUUUCCGUUGCUGUUGCUUUCAUUCCAGAAGGUUUACCAAUCGCUUUAACAACUUGUUUAAUUAUCACUGCUGGUGCUAUGAAGAAGAACAAAAUCUUGUGUAAAUCAUUAUCAGUUGUUGAAACUUUGGGAUCAGUUAGCACCAUUUGUUCAGAUAAAACUGGUACUUUGACAAAGAAUAAGAUGUUUGUAACAAGUUACUCAAUUGGGUUGGAGUCGAUGACUGAUGCAGAACUUGACGAGAAAAAAUCAUUAUUGAGUGCUGGACAAAAACAGAUGGCAUUGAUUUCCAAAUUAUGCAAUUCUGCAACUUUCAAUCCAACCACAUUGAAUAAACCAAUUAAAGAAAGAUUAAUCAAUGGUAAUGCAACAGACCAGGCAAUUUUAAGAUUUGGGGAGGAGUUAGAUCCUAAUCAUGAUUUGUCAAAAGAAUGGAUUCAAAAAGCUGAAGUGUCAUUUAACUCGAAGAACAAAUUUAUGAUUAGAUUAUUUAAAGAAACUCAAGAUACAGAAUCAAACCAUUACUCUUUAUUGAUCAAAGGUGCACCAGAUAUCUUGUUGAAGAAUUGCUUGUAUUAUAUGAAUCAAAGUGGUGAAACUGAACAAUUAGAUAAUGAUUCAAUUCAAAAAAUUCAGAAUAUUCAGCAAAAAUGGGCAAUGAAUGGUCAAAGAGUUGUUUUGUUGGCAUAUAAACCAAUUCAUAUUGCUUCAUUUAGCAAUAUUGACUUCAACUCCAAACUUAUGAAUGAUCAAUUAAUUGAGGAAUCUACCAAGGGUUUAGUUCUUGCAGGUUUAGUUGGUAUUACAGAUCCUCCAAAAGAUGAUAUUGCAGAAGUUGUUGAAACUUUGAAGCACGCUGGUAUUAAGUUUUGUAUGGUUACUGGUGACUUUGAACUUACUGCUGUUGCUAUUGCCAAAAUGUGUGGUAUUGUUUCAGAAAAUGCACAUAUUCAAAACGUUGAUAAUUUAGAUGUCAAUUAUCCUGUGGCUGAUCCUUCGAAAACAAAAUUAUGUGAUCGUAUAGAAACAAAAGGGGCAAUCUCAAUUAGUGGUCCUUCAUUAGAAUUUUUGAAUGAAAAUCAAUGGGAGCAUUUGACAACAUUUGAAGAGAUUGUGUUUGCUAGAACAACACCUGAACAAAAAUUAAGAAUUGUGGAACAAUUUCAGAAAAGAUCACAUAUUGUUGGAAUGACUGGGGAUGGUGUUAAUGAUGCUCCAUCUUUGAGACAGGCUGAUAUUGGUAUUGCUAUGGCUGAAGGAUCUGAUAUUGCAAAAGAAGCAUCUGACUUGGUUUUGUUGGAAUCAUUUGCUUCCAUGGUUACUGCAUUGAAAUACGGUCGUCUAGUUUUCGAAAAUUUAAAGAAAACUGUUGUUUAUCUUUUACCAGCUGGUACUUAUGGUGAAUUAUGGCCUGUUUUGUUAAAUGUUAUCUUUGGUUUACCUCAAAUAUUGUCAUCAUUCUGUAUGAUCAUCAUUUGUUGUUUAACAGAUUGUGCUGGUGCUAUAACAUUGGCUUAUGAAGCGCCAGAAAAGAACUUGCUAGAAAAAAAACCGAGAAGUGUUACUGGUAAUAGACUGGUUAAUCUCAAUUUGUUGCUGCAUUCAUACUUUACCAUCGGUACUUAUUAUUGUUUUGUUUCUUCGUUGGUUGCUUUCUUAUACUUCAAGUCUAAAGGUGUUCCAUUUAAUGUUUUGUCAUUGUCAUAUGGUGAAUUUCCACCAGAAUAUAGUUCAAAAAGAAUUAGUGAACUAACAAACGUUGCUUCUUCAAUAUAUUUCAUUACAUUGGUCAUCAUGCAAUUCUUCAACCUCUUUGCCACAAGAACUAGAUACUUGAGUAUAUUUCAACAGAAACCAAUCAUGGAUAAAAAUACUUCAAAUUAUGCCAUUUUAAUUGCUAUAUGUUUUGCACUUGGGGUCACCUUUUUCUUCAACUAUAUUCCAUGGUUCCAAAAUGUCUUAAAUACAGCACAUGUUCCAGUUAAAUAUUACUUUAUUGCUUUUGGUUUCGGAAUGGUUGUUUUGAUUUAUGAUGAGUUAAGAAAAACUAUUGUGAGAAAGUAUCCAAAUUGUGUUUUGGCUAGAUUAGCUUGGUGA